CGAAUGUAAAAUUUAAACCGAAAAAACGGCGACGGCAAAUAUUUUCUUUGGCUUUUGGAAAAAUAAAUGGCCACAGCGGACGUUAAACCAAUUGCAACUGUAAGUGGUGCUCAAGCUAAUCCUGAGGGAGAAAUGGACGCUUUGCUACUAGGAAGAACCAGGGAAUUAGUCGUUAGUUCACCAAACGAGCGAAAUUGGCGAGGAAUUUUCAUCGCAUUACUAGUGAUUGUAGCAGUUUUGGGACUGAUAGUAUUCAGUAUAGUGCUGGUUUCGCCGCCUGAAGAAGGUUCUAGAGUGAAAGGGGAAAAACCUACUCUGGAAGAUAUCUAUUUAAAACUACCCGAACCAGCUAAAUUCAAUGGGACAUGGAUAUCAGAUACAGAAUUUGUCUACAGAGAUAUAUUUGGCGGUAUCAGCAUUUACAAUGCGGAGAAUCUCACGACAUCGACGUUUCUGACAAAUACAACCUUCAGACAAUACAACGUGGUCGAUUUCAGGACGUCCAGGGACUUAAAAUUCGUUCUAUUAAUAACCGAUCUGAGGCACAAUUUCGAUUAUUCAACGUUGGCCCAAUAUUACAUUUUAGAAGUAUCUUCUGGUUAUACAAAACCGCUUUCGCCCAAGGAAUUGGACGAUAGCGCGCCGUUUUUAAAAUACGCAACAUGGUCCACUAAUGGAACUUCCAUAGCCUUCGUUCAUAACAACGACAUUUACUACAAACCUAAAGUUCAAAAGGACUUGGUUUGUAGGAUUACAUCGACCGGAGGGGAGGAUAUUUUUAAUGGCGUACCUGAUUGGAUUUACGAAACGGAGAUUUUAAAAACUGAUCAUACGUUAUGGUUUUCACCUGAUGGAUUAUAUUUAAUGUAUGCUACUUUUAACGAUAGUAAAGUUGGAGAGUACACAUACACUUGGUAUGAUAGUGGGAACCCAAAGGCGAAGUAUCCCGAAGUUAAAAGCAUCAAAUAUCCAAAGGUGGAAAGUAAUAACCCUGAGGUGACCGUCUGGAUCGUUAACUUGAGCGCCCCGAAAUAUUUGUUCCCCGUACAGCUGAAACCGACGUCGAGCGUCGAAAAUGGAAGCUAUCUAACAAGCGCGAGUUUCUAUGGAGAUCACGAUGUUGCUUUGGUGUGGCUCAAUCGGAGACAGAACGUUUCGGUGAUCCUCAGCUGUCGAGCACAGAACAAUUUCAAUUGUACCGAUUACCGGCCAUUAAAGCUUUCCUACUUACACAUAAAACUUGUUUUAGAUUCGUACUUCACAGAAAGAUACCUAGGAAUACCGUCUCAACAGUUCUUGGAAUACGAAAAAGCAGAUUUAACAAAAAGAGCAAGUAAUAUGCGAGGAAAACAUUUUCUUUUAAUUCACGGAACAGCGGAUACGACGGUAAAACCACAACAUUCCAUGAGGCUUGCGAGAUCUUUAAUAGAUUACGAUAUCUUGUUUCGACAGUUGGUGUAUCCAGAUGAAAGCCAUACGUUUAGUAAGAAAGGUCUGAUGCAUAUGUACAAAGAAAUCGACCAGUUUUUCAACGAAUCCUUUGGUCCAAGUUUGGACGAUUGGGAGGAGAACACGGGUUUUUUUAUGCAAUGAUUUGCCAAGGAUUAUUGUUAAAGUUGUACCUAAGAUUUCCGACUUUUACCUCUCCUUUCCAGUUAAUGAUUCGGAUUCUCUUAUGAGGAAAAUUUAAAUAGAAUCAAAAGCUAGACCAAUUUCACAAACACAUCAUUGUAUAUAAAAAGCGACGAGUCGUCGAGAUAGGGUCGACUCAAAAAUAUGAAGAGAAAAAAAUUCGUCCAAAAAGGUCCCCAAGACAGGAUGCAAGAAUGUAAGCUUUUUUGUUGUCUCAAAGAAAUUAUCGAUCGCGCAACGAUUUGUUGACUAUGUUAACGUGAAAUAAUUAUUAAUAAAAUAGUUAAUAGGUUCGACUUUUGCAAUGUGAUAAUUAAUUUAUUUUUUAACUACCAAUGUGUUAAUAAAAAUAAAUUGAGAUACCCCCGAAAUCCCCCAAAUUAAUUGUUUGUAAAUAAAUAUAUGUAAAAGCUUACAUUCCGAUUUUAUACACGUGUGUAUAUAUUAUAUGUGCCUGACCUAAUAGCUUUAUUAAAUGAGACCGAUAUUAUGAAUUAAAAAUUAAGCGUUGAAGACGAAAAUUAAAAAUGAAACAAAAAGUUAAAAUGUUAAA